AUGGAGUGCCGGGUCAGGGAUGGGAAGAUGUUCGUCACAAUCCAGGACCCCUACCUCACGCCUGGAGCUCACAGCAGCGUCGUCGUCAGCUUCUCUUUCCUGACCGCCCUGCGCUUGGCCGGAUUCUUCUUCCUCCUCUUCGCGAUGUCCAAGCGGAAGCGGAAGCAGCCCUCUGACGUGUGCUACUUGCUGUGGCUUUUCUUGGCUGCUACGGGCUAUUGCCUCAUAGCUGUGAUGGCGUCGGUGGCAGUUGCCGGCGAGAGCGCAGCCACAAGUACCGCAAAGGCCGAGGAAAAGCCAAACGAUGCAGAGAGAUACAGAAGAAAGGAAAGAGAGAAACAUGUCAACAGCGGCAAGGAUGGCAACUGGAUUGUGGUCAUGAUGUUCCCGCAGGACAACAACCAGGUCAUGCUCCUGGUGUUCUCCGUAUUGGCCUUCCUGCUUCCCAUCGCCUGGUGCAUCGUGCACAAGCAUACGCAGGAUACGCCUUUGGGAGAAAAUCUCUUUCGGGCCCUUUUCGCUUUCACCUGCGGUGCAGGGGCCGCCUUGGUGGGCUCCUCCGAAGCCGGCUGCGGAUUCACAGGCCACGUGGACUGCUACGAGCGCUGCUGGAUGAGCCCUGCAGGGGGGUCUCUGUUGAUCUUCACCUGCCUGGACCUCAUCGCAGUCUUCGGGCUGACGGCCUUCCAAGUGUGCAAGCCGGAGGUGUGGGGCUUCUCUUGCCUGCGCAAACCGUCCGUUCCGGACCCUCCGUCGACGACGGCAUGA